GCCACGGCGUGGGAAGCAGCUCUGGGGGAGCUCGGAGCUCCCAUCACGGCUCUGGGGGGGCAGCUGCCGCUGGGUGCAGAACGGGGCCAGGUCCCCUAGCGGGAGCCCCAGGAGGACGGGCAGGUGCGCCAGGGCCUGGACCUGCGGCCCCCCUGCCCCCGGGCCGGUGCCCUCUCCAGCCCCAGAGCUGGCGCCCAGGGAGAGCCGGGCGGCACCUGAGGAACGCGGGGCAGCUCUGCGUGGGACCGAUGCCCCUGGCCCGCGGAGCCGCCAUGCGGGGGCCUGAGGCCUGGCUGCCGCUGCUGCUCCUGGCGUCACUGGCAGGCCGCUGCCCGGCGGGCGAGCUGGAGACCCCGGAGCUGGUGACGGUGGUGCUGGGCCAGGACGCCAGGCUGCCCUGCCUCUACCGCGGGGGCCCCGACGAGCAGGUGGCGCAGGUGGCCUGGGCGCGCGCCGACGCGGGCGAGGGCGCCCGGGAGCUGGCGCUGCUGCACGCGCAGUACGGGCUGCACGUGGGCCCCGCCUACGAGGGGCGCGUGGAGCGGCCGCCCCCGCGAGGCCCCCUGGACGGCGCGGUGCUGCUGCGCAACGCGGUGCAGGCGGACGAGGGCGAGUACGAGUGCCGCGUGAGCACCUUCCCCGCCGGCAGCUUCCAGGCGCGGCUGCGGCUCCGCGUGCUGGUGCCUCCCCUGCCCUCACUGAAUCCUGGUCCAGCGCUGGAAGAGGGCCAGGGCCUGACACUGGCCGCCUCCUGCACAGCUGAGGGCAGCCCGGCCCCCAACGUGACCUGGGACACAGAGGUCAAGGGCACCAUGUCCAGCCGCGCCUUCGAGCACUCGCGCUCGGCGGCUGUCACUUCAGAGUUCCGCCUGGUGCCCAGCCGCAGCAUGAAUGGGCGGCCUCUCACCUGCGUGGUGUCCCACCCAGGCCUGCUCCAGGACCAGAGGAUCACCCACAUCCUGCAAGUGGCCUACCUGGCAGAGGCCUCUGUGAGGGGCCUGGAAGACCAAAAGCUGUGGCAGGUUGGCAGAGAAGGCGCCACGCUCAAGUGCCUGAGUGAGGGGCAGCCCCCACCCACCUACAACUGGACACGGCUGGACGGGCCUCUGCCGAGCGGGGUGCGUGUGGACGGGGACACCCUGGGCUUCCCCCCGCUGACGGCUGAGCACAGUGGCGUCUACGUCUGCCGUGUCAGCAAUGACCUCUCCUGGCGGGAGUCCCAGGUCACCGUGGAGGUGCUAGACCCAGAGGCAGCCUCGGGGAAGCAGGUGGACCUGGUGUCGGCCUCCGUGGUGGUGGUGGGAGUGAUCGCCGGGCUCCUGCUCUGCCUCCUGGUGGUGGUGGUGGUGCUGAUGUCACGAUACCAUCGGCGCAAGGCCCAGCAGAUGACCCAGAAGUAUGAGGAGGAGCUGACCCUGACCAGGGAGAACUCCAUCCGGAGGCUGCAUUCCCACCACUCGGACCCCAGGAGCCAGCCGGAGGAGAGUGUAGGGCUGAGAGCCGAGGGCCACCCCGAUAGUCUCAAGGACAACAGUAGCUGCUCUGUGAUGAGCGAAGGGCCGGAGGGCCGCAGCUACUCCACGCUGACCACCGUGCGGGAGAUGGAGACCCAGACGGAGCUGCUGGCGCCCCGGCCCGGCUGCGAGCGGGCAGGCGGGGAGGACAGCGACGAAGGCAUCAAGCAGGCCAUGAGCCACUUCGUGCAGGAGAACGGGACGCUGCGGGCCAAGCCCACGGGCAACGGCAUCUACAUCAACGGGCGGGGCCACCUGGUCUGACCCAGGCCACCUCCCAGCCUCCCGGCGCCUGGCUCCCUCUGCCGACCUGGGGCCUUCAGCUCAGCUCAUCCCCCUCCUGCCCCCUGACUGUUCGCCUCUUCCUCCAGCCCCGUGUCUGACACCCAGAUGGCUCCAUUGUUGGUUGAGUCCCUGCUGAGUGUGCAGGUGUGUGUGUGUGUGUGUGUGUGUGUGUGCAUGGAAGGUGCCUUUGCUGCGUGUCAUGCCAUCUGUCAGGGUUCAGUGCCCGGUGCUGCUGUGCCCAUCUCCCCAGGCAGCUGCAUGCAGUCCACCUGCAAACACAGGUGUUUUCGACAGACCCCAGAGCAGUAUUAUAAUAAUGCAGAGGCUGCAGGCUGCUGCGGGCACUUCCAGGUGUGCGGGCACAGCUGGAGCUGGGAUCUGGCUCCGGUCAGAGCGGGGCUCCCGCCCUGGAGCCGUGGGGCGAGUGUGAAGCAGCCUGGUCCCCGGGGCUCCGGCUGCCACAGGAAGCCCUCUGCCCUCUAGUGGCUGGGCCUCUUUAAGGACCAGCGCUGUGAGUCCUUGGAGAAGAGGAAGACUGGAAACAAGCUUUUCACGUACACGAAAGUGUCUCAUUCCUUGAAGUGAGGCCGUCAGCACAGACCCGCCUAGGACAACCAGGCGGCCUCGGGGAGGGAGCCUGGAGCCAGUGGGUCCGUGGGUGGGAGUGGCCGUGGCCCCGAGGCAGGGCGGUCCUCUGUCCCCUGAGCCCCUCUGCUUUCUUCGUUGUGCUCACAGUGGCCUGUGGACCUGGGGGGUGUUGGGACUCGGUGACAAGAGUUCCUGUUCAGUUGUUGGGGAGAGAGGGUGGGGGAUCGGGCUGCGAAGGGGCUGCUGGGGGCCCGACUGGCUCCUUCCCCUGGGGUCCUGGGGCCACCACCUCGGCUUUCCUGGCCCCUUUCUGCCGGGUCCGCUCACACACCACUCAGGCCUGCCGUGCGGGUUCCCGGUCACAGGAGAGACCCGCCCUGCUCCCCGGCCAGCCCAGGGCUUAGGAUCUGGGACCCUAGUGUGUACAUUCUAUGUAAAUAUGUCCAUAGUUGUACAUAAAUAAACACGAUACCUGUUC